GGGCGUGUAAAGAAAGAUGGCGUCUUCUGCAAAGGUGUUUUCUCUGUCGCGCGCUGCUUGGAAGCUGGCUAGAUGCUACAGCCAACCGGCGACAGGGCCCGUUGGGUUUAUAGGGCUCGGGAACAUGGGGCUGCCGAUGGCCCAGAAUCUCGUGACUCGUGGCCACCAGCUGGUGCUGUACGACAUAUCUCCCGGGAGAGUGGAGGAGGUGGGAGGGGGGGGAGGGUGUGGCGAGUCCGGCAGAGGUGGCUCGACGAGCCCACACCGUCAUCACGAUGCUGCCCUCGGGGAAGAACCUGAUGGAUUGCUAUGCCGGGGAAGGCGGUAUACUCAGUGCAGUCCAGCCAGGCUCUCUCCUGAUAGACUCCAGUACAAUAGCACCGGACGAAGCGAGAGAAGUGGCCAAACUGAGCAGAGAAAGCUCAGCAGAGUUUAUCGACGCUCCGGUGUCUGGAGGAGUGGGAGCAGCAAGAAGGAAUUCUGUCGUUCCUUGUGGGUGGGGCCAGCGAGAAUUACGCCAAGGCCACACCCAUCCUGGAAUGCAUGGGGAAAAACAUCAUUCACUGUGGUGACCAUGGCAACGGGCAGGCCGCUAAAGUAUGUAAUAACAUGCUGCUGGCCAUUGGAAUGAUCGGAACCAGUGAAGCCUUACAACUUGGGAUCAGACUUGGCUUGGAUCCCAAAGUCUUAUCAACCGUGAUCAACAGUGCCAGCGGGCGUUGCUGGAGCAGUGACAUUUACAACCCCUGCCCUGGAGUAAUGGAAGGGGUUCCCUCAAGUAAUGACUAUCAGGGAGGCUUCGGGACGGCUCUCAUGACAAAGGAUCUGGGAUUGGCACAGACGGUGGCCAAUGCCUCGGGGACAGUGACUCCACUGGGAUCACUAGCUCUCCAGAUCUACCGCCUAAUGACACAGUCUGGCUACUCUGGCAAAGAUUUCUCCUCAGUCUUCAAAUUUCUUGAGGAAAAACAGCAUUAGAUUUAUCAGCCAAGCAAUUACCCGUAUAGCUAUUAGGCAACCUAUAUUUUUGUUCAGAUCCCAUCUAAAUAAGUGUAUUAUGGACUGUUGA